CCUCUCCCACAAAAAACAAAAGAGAUACACAAACCCUAACUUGCACCAACGGGAAAGAUAGGAGAAGGGGAAAAACUCUUCUCCACCGAACCACCACCACCAUGUCCGUCGACGGCGCAUUUGAUCGGAGGAGAGAUCAAUCUCAGGCGAUUAACGCCGGAAAUGGAAACGGAGUUUUGGUUUCGACGGCGAUGGCGACAACUUACUGUCUAACAUUAAGCCCUAACACAGAGCACAAACCUGACAGCUAUGAAGACCUGGCAUUAGAGUUCAACCCUCUGCUCUUUAGCUGCCUUGAACGUUACUUACCUCCUUCGAUUCUGAGCUCAUCGCGUGAUUCCAAGGUUCACUUUAUGCAGGAGAUUUUGCACAAGUAUUCACCUGAAGGAGAGAGAAUUAGGGCUCAGAAGCAUAGGGAUUAUAGGCAAAAAAUUAUUUCGCAUUAUCAGCCACUUAACAAGGAGCUGUACAGCAUGCAUGCCACAGCUUUCUUUCUCCCUGGGUUUAUUAAAGCAAUUCACGAGAAUACUGAGGAAAGUUUUAGAAGCAUAAUGUCUGAGCCUGCACCUGGGAUAUUUACUUUUGAGAUACUACAGCCUGAUUUCUGCGAGGCGUUGGUUAAGGAGGUAGAAAAUAUUGAAAAGUGGGUUUGUGACACAAAAUGCAAAAUCAUGCGUCCAAAUACAAUGAAUAGAUAUGGUGCUGUUCUGGAUGACUUUGGCAUGGAAGCUAUGCUUGAGAAACUAAUGGAGGAUUUUGUGCGUCCCAUGUCAAAAGUUUUCUACCCUGAAGUUGGUGGAUCUACUCUAGAUUCUCAUCAUGGAUUUGUUGUCUUAUACGGAAUUGAUAAGGAUGUCGACUUAGGUUUUCAUGUGGAUGAUGCUGAAGUCACUUUGAAUAUAUGCUUAGGCCAGAAAUUUUCCGGUGGAGAAUUGUUCUUUCGAGGUGUUAGAUGCGAGAAACAUGUUAAUACAGAAACACAAGCCGAGGAAAUUUUAGAUUACUCCCAUGUUCCUGGACGUGCUGUUCUUCAUCGUGGUCGCCAUCGCCAUGGAGCUCGGGCUACUACUGAUGGGAAGAGGAUCAACUUGAUUUUAUGGUGCAGAAGUUCUGUCUUCCGAGAGCUGAGGAAAUAUCAGAAGGAUUUCUCUAGCUGGUGUGGCGAGUGUCAACGGGAAAAGAAAGAAAGGCAGCAGGCAUCAAUUUCUGCAACCAAAGAGGAAUUGUUGAAGAAGGAAGGGGAAUUGACAUCUUGAGCCGCUUGUAUGAUUCUAUGACCACCUUGUAAAAAGUGGAGGUCAUCCCUAAUUGUCGAUAUUUAGCAGUAUGAUUUUGGGGCCGAAUAUUGUAAAUCCGUGUCUUAUUAAUUCUUAUAUGUAAUGUGUUAUGUUAGUAGCCAUACACUUCAUAUAGGCUAACUCGGAAUACUUCAGUCUUCCUCCAGUGUGUAUUUGCAGGUGUUAUUUUUCGUAAUGUGAGAGGAGCAUUAUGUCCUUUUUUGCA